AUGUCUUACUGUGUAUCAAAAGGUAAAGAAGGUAAAGACAAGGUUAUUUUUCUAACAGAAUCUGAUUUAAAUGUACCAUCUAAAAUUAAACAAAAGAAUGAAGAAGCGUUUGAUCCGUGGGAACAACACGGUCUUAUCCUACCGAAUGGCAAUAUAAACUUCGAUUGUCCGUGUCUGGGAGGGAUGGCCUCGGGUCCAUGUGGCAAUGCUUUUCGAAAAGCAUUUACAUGUUUCCAUUACAGUGAUGCAAAACCAAAAGGAUCUGAGUGUUUUGGCGAUUUUCAAAAUUUGACAGAAUGUUUUUCAAAAUAUCCGAAACUAUAUGCAAGUAAUAAAGAGAAAAAUAAUAAUACCAAAAAUGAAGAACACGAUAGUACAUCGGCAACAACAGCCAUAGCAAAUGCAUUAAGCGCCAAACUUUUACUUAGUCUAAUGGAUGAUACUGAAAUAGACGAUCAUGAACAAAAUAGCAGAUCAAGUUUAUAUAAAGUAUUAUCAAGUGGAAGACAAGUUAUCCGUAGUACAACUUCAAAUGUUAGCGAUCGAAUAUUGACGAGUGGAAGACGUUUAGUUGGAUCAACAUCUAGUGAUAGUAUUUCGCAUCCGUCAAUAGUAACGUCAAGAACAAGUAAUAAUAAACAGCAAGAGCAUUCAAGUAAGAAACAACGUACACUUUAUUCACAAAUAGGCACUAUAUUACACGAAAAUCAAAUAGAAGAUGUCAAUCAACAACACCAUAAAGAAGAAGAAUAUGAUUCUACAAGUCCAUUGAUACAUAGUACAAUUCAUGUUGGCGAACGGAAAAAAUUACAUAUGCCUAAUCAGCCUUCGAAAAAACUUCUUUUGAAAGCUGUAACAGAUGCAAAUAAAUCUGUAUUAAUGAAAAUGAAUAAAAAAACCGGCGCAGUCAAAGUCGUGAAGUCAGACGGUACAACCGAAUGUAUAACAACAAAAUUAUUAGCAAGAAGACUAGGAAAUAAUGAAGCAACAUGGGUUGAUCCUUCUAGUAUGAUAAAAAAGGUUGUUCAAGAAAAUAAUACUAACAACAGUAAUCACAAUCCGUCAAUGAUUCUUCCGACAACACCAGUCGCUCCAACCACAACAUCUAAAAUGAAAAUAAGAGUGUUAAAUGAAUAUUGUCGAACAAAUAAUAAUAAUUUAAAUUCAAGUAUUACGAAUGAUAAUGAAAAUAGUAAUAGUGAUUUAUCAAUAUCACCUAAUCAAACGAGUGAAACUAAUAUUAAAGAAUCAAAACCAACAGUUUCAUUCGAAGAUGAUGAUGAAGAUGAUGAAGAAGAUUUUAUUGUUGUUGUCAAUUCGGAUACAAUGGGUGAAUUUGAUUUAUCAUCAUUGUAUGAGACAGAAUCAUGGAUGUUACAAGAUUACAAUGAUCAAUCUCAACACGAAGAUAAUAGUUAUUAUAAUAAUGGCAAUAUUAAUGAACAACAACUAUCAAACACUUCAAAUCAUUUGCUAAUUGUUAAUGAUUACAAUACUCGUACACCAACACAAACGACAUCCGUUACAACAACAUUGAAACGUAAACUUAGUCAGGAUAUGUGUGAUGAUAAUAGUGAACAACAGCAGCAACAGUCGCAAAUAUCUCCACAAUCGUCAUUUUCGACAUCAACAUCACGAAAAAUAAAACGUUGUCGAUUUUGGCCAGAUUGUCACAACGGAACGAAUUGUGAAUUUUUUCAUCCAACGCAACGUUGUGGACAUUUUCCAAAUUGUGCGUAUGGAAAUGAUUGUUUGUAUAUGCAUCCUCCUUGCAAAUUUGGUGCAAAUUGUUCAAGAAAUGAUUGUCUUUAUUCUCAUGCGGUAACAACUAUAGCUCCGACAACAGUUGCAUUGACUAAUUCACCUUCACAAUUGUCGCCAAUAUUACAAACAUCAAUAAAUCGUUCGUCAUCAAAUAAUAAUUUAACUCCAAAUUUCGCACUUCCUACUGUUCGAUUUCCACGUCCAGAAAAUUCAAUAGUAUGUAAAUUUGGAUUAAAUUGUAUGAGGCCAUCUUGUGCAUUUUCUCAUCCACGAACACGACGAAUAGGUGCCAUGAAAUGGAUAAAUAACAAAUGGGAAUCGCCAGCUACUACUUCAAAAAAUGUCUAUGCAAAUCCGUUUAUUGCUCUCACAUCAUCAGUAUCAUCAUCGAAAACAACAUCAUUAAAUAAUCACACAUCAAUUAAAAAAGACUUGCUAUUUGAAAAUUUAAAUAAUAUAAAAACAAAUUAUAAUAGUAAUACAAUGAAUCAGACAAUAUCGACUAAUAAUGAUUCUAAAUUAUCAUUUAAUAACGACGAAACUCCAAGUGAAGAGAUGAAUGAAUUAGUCUUAAAUCCUUUUUAG